AUGUUCCAUUCAGAAGUGGUAUUUCUUCAUAUCAACUUUAUGGGAAGAAUACGUCGCAGGAGUGAAAGUGAGUGUUUGGGAAGGAGUGGUAUUGAGCGAACUCCUGGCCGACAAUGGCGGACAUCCUGGAUCUUGAAACACUGGGGACCAUUCUUCCAUUCGUCAUUCAUAGGUUCUGAAUUAAUUUUUCGAUCAUACUUCGUCUUUUUCAGGAUUUAUGUCAGCAAUAUUCCAUUCAGCUACAGAAGUCAUGAUCUUGUACAAAUGUUCUCUCCCUUUGGAGUUGUAUCGAAUGCGGAAAUUGUGAUGAAUGAACGUGGAUCAAAAGGAUUUGGCUUUGUAACACUUGAUACCAAAGAAGGAUGUGAUGCUGCACGCGCCGCCCUUCACGGAACUGUAGUUCAAGGCCGAGUUAUCGAGGUCAAAAAGGCAACUACAGCACCAUAUCGCCGAAACGCAGCCCGCGGACACCAGGCUGCUGUGCAUCAGCAGGGCACCAUUCCGCUGAGAGCAGAUUUUCUCGCAGCACAGCUGCCACAACUUCAGGCUCAGUCUUUACUUACUCCAAGUGUUUCCGAUUCGCUCAAUGCUAUUAUUCUUGCGCAGUAUCAAUCACGACUCCAAAGUCUUAUCAAUCCUUAUGCGGUCAGAGAUCCCUCGUUGCUGUUUCAUAGAUCUUUGCCACAACUACAACAACAGGCAGCUCUUAUGAGCGGUGGAAUUCCAAUAUCUCCCCUAUCAAUGUCAUCAAUUCCUAUGCAAUUACUGUGUGCUUCACGAGGAACUGAAAAUUUGCCUCCUAAUGCGUAUACUGCCACAAUGAUGCCACUGACUACCCCUGGUAUCACCUACGCUUCUCUUCCGGGUGUCAAUCCCAAUAAUAUUAUGAUUCCAUCUACGAUACAGUGUCGAUUACCUCAAGAUGCUGCGAACGGAGCACUUUCUAACUUUAUGAGUGAAUCGGGAUUUUUCAAAUCACCAGCUCAAGUCAAUCCAUACACAGGAUGUAUUGAUUUGACUGGAUCGCUUGGCUUAAUGGCAGGAGUUGCCCCGUCAUUCCAACCUACUGCGAAUUCUAUGAAAGAUAAGUAUCGCGCAAGUGGUCUUCGUGCUUUUGAUCAGUCUUGUGUGAUUGACACUUCUUUUCAUGGGGAACCAUUGAAAGAGGGUCAGUUUGGGCCCAUAGGCAGAGCUGUGCCAGCAGGUAUGUUGUGA